GUGACUAAAAGACGAUUCCCUUCUCUUCUAGACAGUAGACAGCCCUCUCCUGCUGUCGUUUCAUUUCAUGCUCUCAGUGUAGACUCUCGCCCCUGCCUAUGUCACGCCACCAUUGUUUUCCCAUUCUAAAGCUUCUUCGUAUUCGUAUUCUCACAAAUCCACCGAUGGUUUUCCGCAUUUAAUCCCCGGUUGUGUGGAAACUCGAAACCCCUCACCCAGCACCCAUGUUGUGUUCUAUCUCCACCCAGAAAUCCGGCACUUCUAAAUGGCUCGACCGCCUCCGAUCCUCCAAGGGCUUCCCCGCCGGAGACUACGUCAAUCUCGAACAAUUCUUGCGUCAGAGCAGCAGCUCUACCUCUCCCAAUCCUCCUGCUUCAAUUAACCCCACCAAGUUGGGGCAAACUAACCUCGCUUCAGUAUCCUGCUCGACUCGACCUGGGUCGGAGAAACAACAGGUUCUUGAAACUCCGGUCGAUCCCGCCGGGGGUAAACAACAACUGUUCAACGCGUUUAGCAAUGCCCUCUCUGAGCUGUUUAAUAUGGGGGAAUCGAGUAAUUACCCAGCACAAAAAAAGGGGUCCCGGAAACAAAUUAACCCUAGAUUCUUUUCGUCGGAAUUGAAUAAUGUUUCCGGCUCCAGAGAUGACCGGGGGAAAGACAAGAGCGCGUCUCCGAUGAGCGAUGAUCAAAGUAGAGUGGAAAUGAAGCUACUGGAGCAAAGCGAGGAGGAGGAGAAGAUAGAUGCACAUUUAUUUGGGUUUUCCCGGAGCGAGGUUACUGUGAUAGACACGAGCUGUGCGCCAUGGAAAUGCGAUAAAUUGUUGUUCAGAAAGAAGAAUGUGUGGAAGGUUCGCGACAAGAGAUCUAAGACGACGAUACAUUUGGGGAAGAAGAAGAAGAAGAGGAAAGCCAAUGAUGGCGGCGCCGCCGAGGAUGGGAAUUUCGGUGGAAUUAAGAAACACAAGGUUUCGAAUGGAGAAGAGACUCAAAUUUCAAACAUUAUCCAACAGGGACUUCAACCAGGGAAUAAAUUUGAAGAAGGCUGCAAAAAGACAUUAGAUAGUGUUGGCCAGACUCUUGAAAGGAAGCAUAGAGACUUUGCAUUGAAGAAAGCAAACUCAUCUGUUGUUCUCAUAAAAAACAUUCCGGCAAGUAAGAAGAGUGGAACUGGCAUCCCCAAGACUAACUUGAAGUCAUCUCAUCAUCAUCGACCCCCACCGAAGCUGACUUGAGGAUGUUUUCAAGUGAAACUGCGGGGAGGGAGUUCAAUCUUGCCAACAUCGAAACAUAGCGUAGCUAUGGAGAUGGUGGGGAGUCGGGACUUCACCGGUGGUGGUAGGUCGGAAGCCAAAUUAAAGCGUUUGAGUUAUAAUACUCUGAGAACUAUUUUAAAUUGAUUAAAUCAUUCUUCAUUGACGUCUCAUUCGAUUUUUACCAUCAUCUGUUAUCGUUUCCUGUUCGAAUCGAUCUAUAUUUUGAUUUAGUAUAUCUAUACAGUGCAAAAUGAUCUAGUAUUAUAUAUGGGUAACUGAUAACUUUGGAGAAAA